AGUGAAGAAAGAUGGAGACUAAGUAGCACAUAUGAUCUGCCAAAGUAUGAUGAUAAUAUUUGUUUGGAUAAGGUUGAUUUUAGUGAGCGGGGAAUAAAAGCAGAGUGUGCUUCUGAGGAAGAGUUGAAAAAAUAUGAUCCAUUUGCCAGUUGUUGCGAAGUACUAGAAAUGGAUGGCAAACAGUUCAAAAUAAAUUUUAGAAAAAGAAACUAUGAAGCAGAAGAUGGCGAUAUCAUACUCUGGAGUUUAAAUUAUCCCAAAUGGUGGUACAAAAGAGGAUCAUCAUAUCCCUCCUCCUCAUCUGAUGAAGAAGUUUGUCCUGACGUGGCAAGAUUCAGCUCUGGCUAUGAUCCCAAUUGUGUGGCAGGGCGUAAAAAGCGUGAAGCAAGUUUGAAUUCUACAACAGCAGAAUCAGGUAGGGCAACUGUCAAUGUAACAACUGUAGCAGAUACAAGUAUCGCAACAGAAGCAGCUGCUGGUGUAACAUCAGAAUCAGCUACCAAUGUAAUAACAGAAUCAGCUACCAGUGUCACAACAGAAUCUGCUACCAGUGUCACAACAGAAUCUGCUACCAGUGUCACAACAGAAUCUGCUACCAGUGUCACAACAGAAUCUAUCAACAAUGCACAAAUGGCUAAUUAUGACAUAAUGUAA